AAGAUCAUCAGUACAUAUUAGAUGCUGGUUGUGUACAGAAUUGUAACCAGUACGAUGAAAGAAGGCACGAUGAGGAUGAAUUACAUGGAAUGGAAAAUGGAUCAUGUACUUCUUUUGUGCAUGAACAAGAAACAUUUUUAACAAAUCAAAUGAACAAAGAUGUAUCUGAUUCUGACAAUGAUCUUCAAGAAGUUUCAAGCUAUCCAAUUUCACCUGCUGAUUCGAGUGUGGAUGACAGCAAUUCGGAUGAAGAAUAUAAUGGUUUCAAUCUACAACAAAAUCCAGAUCUUCAAAGGAAAUUAAAAAAUGGUUUUACAACAACAAAAUUUGAAUGCAUGCUCAUGGUUCUUACUUUCUCACUUCGACAUAGCCUUCCAACUGUAGCCAUGGAAGAUUUAUGUAAGCUUAUAAACUGUCUUUUUGAAGAAGAUGUAAUCAAUACUAGUGAAUAUUGGUUCAAGAAAACUUUUGGAAGUAACCUUCCAUACAGAGUGCAUCUUUAUUGCUCUGAUUGUGAGGCGUAUAUUGGUGACACAAAGGAGCUAGGAAAUGAGAUCAGGGUUUGCCCUUGUCCAGUAUGUUCUAAGGAGUGUUCUGUUUUUAAUUUAAAUAAUGGAUCUUUUUUUAUAACCCUUUCACUUCGUCAACAAAUUGUAGACCUGUUAGAAACAACACCAGAUAUAAUAGAAUUGUUAAACUAUCGCUGGAAUAGAGAGUCUAGCGAAAAAAUCAGAUAUUUAUGAUAGUGAAAAAUACAAGGAACUUUGCAAAAAUGGCAACUUUCUUUUUAAUCCAUUCAAUCUGAGUUGUUGUAUUUCGACGGAUGGUAUUUCUAUUUUUAACAGUACAAAGAACACAAACUGGCCAAUAAUAAUACGUUUAAAUGAGCUUCCCCCUCAAUGUAGGUUUAAUCAAAAUAAUUUUAUUCUUGGGGGAUUGUGGUUUGGAAAAAAAGACCCGAACAUGCUGGCAUUUCUUAGUCCAUUUUUGAAAGAGCUGAAUCAAUUAUAUAAAUCAGGCUUUUCUUGGAAAGCACCAAAUGGAGAAAAAAUUCAUAGCAAAUUAAUGGUUUUUAAUUGUAUUGUUGAUUCUGUUGCUAAGCCUUUGGUUCAGUGCAUCAAACAAUUUAAUGGCUAUUGGGGUUGCGGAUAUUGUUAUCACCCAGGGUGUGUUUUAGAUGAAGGAAAUAAUCAGGCAAAGUAUGUUAUGACUAAUGAUGAUUUGAUGCUCAUGAAUGACCUUAGCUUUGAGUACACGGUUGACCAAAAAGAUAAAAAUGGUCAACAUAAAUUGUUUCAUGUGAAAGACCGUUCAAAUGAAGAAAAGCGUUCUGACAUGAAAAAAGCUGAAAAUUUAAGGGAAGAUAGUCCUAAAUUUGACAUCAAAGGAGUUAAGGGAAUGAGUAGCUUAUUUAUUUUGACAUAUUUUGACGUAGUGUUUGGUUUUGGGAUUGAUUGGUUACAUGCUGUUUGCCUAGGUGUUGUAAAGUCAGUUGCAAACUUAUGGUUUGAUUCCACAUCAAAAGAUAAACCUUACUAUUUGUCAAAGACAAAAAGAAAACUUGUAAAUAAUAACUUGUCAAAAUUAAAGUUGCCUGCUAAAUUGAGGAGACUUAAAUAUAGAAGACAGAAGUCAUUGGAAAGGUAGUGAAUGGCGAACAUGGCUGUUAUUUUGCAGUGUACCAGUUUUAAAGAGUAUUCUUCCAGCUUUGUAUUUAAAACAUCAUUGCAUAUUAGUAAGCAUUCUUUUUGUCUUUCUAAAGGAUAGUAUUGAGCCUGAAGAAUUAGAUGAGGCAACAUGGAUGUGUGGUCAGUAUGUCACAGAGUUUCAAGCUCUAUAUGGAAAGAAGAAUAUGCAUUACAAUAUUCAUCUCCUUCUUCACAUUGGUAAAUGUGUGAAAUUAAUGGGACCUUUGUGGGCUAAUUCUCUCUUUUGUUUUGAAUCUUUUAAUGGUUCUCUAGCACGUUUGGUUAAAGGAACAAGGGGUGUAAUGAGUCAAAUUUCACAAAAGUAUUCUAGAUUUAAAAAUAUACCAAGAGCUAUACACGUAUAUGGUGCUAACAAAAAUGUUAUUUCAUUUUGUUCGUAUUUGCUUA